AUGGAUCCGUCCAUGUCAACCCAAGAGCAGCAGCUCUGCCAGUUCUUGAAAGACCUCCCCGGCCGACACAAGUACCGAUACACCGAUGAUGCCUCCCAAGAACUCCUCUCCAACCUUUUUUGGUGCAUGGCUGGUGGGAAGCCGGAAUACAUGAACCUGUUCUUUCCCGAGGGCGGCCCAUUGCGGAACGGGACACUGAAGCUCAAGGAUGCACAGGGAGCCGUCGAGGGCGCCGAGUACACCGAGGCCGCCCGAGGUAAGGCCUGUGGCCACAUAUUCAAGGCGGGAGAGGCGUCGUACGCGUGUCGGACCUGCAGUGCCGACGAUACCUGCUGCCUCUGCAGCCGGUGCUUCGACGCCACCGACCACACGGGGCACAUGGUUCGGAUCAGCGUCUCUCCGGGAAACAGUGGCUGCUGCGACUGUGGUGAUCCCGAGGCAUGGAGACAGCCCAUGUUCUGCACCAUCCACUCCAUGUGGGAGGGCGAGCAGUCAAAGGGCAAGGGCAAGGAGGCAGCUGGCCUGCCCGAGGAUCUGGUCACCAACAUGCGCAUGACCAUCGGGCGAGUGUUUGACUAUAUGUGCGACGUCAUAUCGUGCUCGCCGGAGCAGUUGCGCCAGACCAAGACCGUCGAGUCUAUCGAGCAGGACGAGAGGAUGUCGCGCCUCUCCUCGACCUAUUACGGGCCCGACGCUGACCCUCCCGGCGAAUAUGCAGUCCUUUUGUGGAACGAUGAGAAGCACACAGUCCUGGAUGUCCAAGAACAGGUCGCGAGGGCCUGCAGCACGAGCCUGGCAAACGGCCUGGCAAGAGCUUACGAGACAGAUUCCAUCGGCCGAAGCAUUCUUGUCUAUGACGAGAGUAUCGAGAGGUUACUCGAGGUUGCCGGCAUCAUCGAGCAGAUCCGGCUCACGGUAACCAUCCGGUCGUCUCGGGACACGUUCCGAGAGCAGAUGUGCGGAACCAUGAUUGAGUGGUUGGGCGACAUUUCUGGGUGCAGCGUCGGGCCGGAUCACAACAUCCUGCGCCAGCUGGUGUGCGAAGAAUUGCUCAGGCCCUGGCGGAAAGGGAGUCAGGCCACCCAUGCCAUAGUCGGCAAGGAUGGCAUCGAUGACGAGGACGAGAUAUCUCGGCAAGACCUCGACCCGGCUGACAUCUUCGCACAACAGGCUAGACUGCUUCGGCAAGCCAGAGCGGCUGCCCGGCGGCAGGCCGAGGCACAAGAGGCCAGCAGCGAUGAGGAGGAGGACGAUGACGACGACGACGACGCCAGCAGCGACACCCCAUCUAGCGGCGAUAUGGACGAAGAUGACGUUGAUGAGGUCGACAUGAUGAUGGUGGAGUUGAGGCCAGAAGCCAGCGCAAAUGUGCAAAUGCACGACUGGCGGCAUGACCAGGCACUUGAAGAGCUUGAGGCUACAAUAGCCAACUAUCCGCCACCCCCUCCGCCCCCCCCGCCGGCGCCACGUCGGAAUAUCAGGGAACGCGAACUCACGCCCUCCGAUUCCGACACGGCGGAACCGCUCAUCGCGCCGACCGUCUAUGCCAAGGCACACCUGGAAGUGCCUAAGACUCCGGGGGCUUCGAAGGGGGACAAGUUGACGCCACCAAACCCAGGACGGUACUGGUUAGGAACCUCUGGGGGAUAUGCCGAAGAAGGCGAUCUGCCCAUCUCCGAGGAUCUCUUCGAACGUGUCCGGCUUGAUUGGCUGAUCCUAUUCGAUCUCAGGAUGUGGAAACGGGUGCGGAAUGACCUAAGGUCCCUCUACAUCUCCACGGUGGUCACUCUUCCCGAGUUCAAGCGGGUGCUCGGCUUGCGCUUCUCCGGGCUCUACACCACUCUUGCCCAGCUCUACCUGAUAGGGGAUCGUGAGCCGGAUCAUUCCAUCAUCAACCUCUCCCUUCAAAUGCUGACUACCCCUUCCAUCACGGCCGAGAUUGUCGAGCGUGGAAACUUCCUCACGAAUCUCAUGGCCAUACUAUAUACCUUCUUGACCGCCCGCCAAGUCGGACAUCCCUGGGACGUUGCAUCCAAUGCCGUUCUUGCCUUCGAUACCGGUUCAGUGACGAACAGGAGGAUGUAUCACUUCUUCCUAGAUUUGAAAUACCUCUUUGCCUCCCCUCACGUCCAAGAGCGCCUUCGGACUGAGGAGAGAUACAUGAUGCAGUUCCUAGAUCUCGUCAAGUUGCACCAGGGUAUCUGCCCCAAUGUGAGGGCCGUCGGCGAGCACGUCGAGUACGAGACGGAUAGCUGGAUCAGCGCCUCGCUCAUCACCCGUGAGAUUAACAGGCUCUGCCGGCAAUUUGCCGAGUCGUUCCGCAACGUCAAGGAGCAGGAUUCCCUCUAUGUGUCUUGCGCCAUUCGCCUAGCGGCCAGAACGGUCAUCAUCAACUCAAUCGGCGCCGAGCGUGCAAGAUUCGCCCAGGCAGAGAUCAAGGACGAGGUUAGAUUCAAGUCCCUUACCGAUUUCGAGUUCGACGACCAGCAGCGCAAGUUCGACGUCGUCAAGUUUGUGGUCGAGGAGCAGCCGCUCAGCUUCCACCACGCCCUUCACUACACUCUCUCCUGGCUGAUUGAGUGUGGCAAAGCGAUGCCAAUCGAGCAGCUAAGGGCACUGCUUACGUUUACGGCACAGGAGCUGGUUAUGAAGCCCCGCGCCAUGGGUAAGAAGUCGAUGCCGAAACGCGACUAUUCCCCCGAAGACUACCUGAUGGCGACCUUCGACUACCCCCUCCGCGUCUGCGCCUGGCUAGCCCAGAUGAAGGCCGGCAUGUGGGUCCGGAACGGAUUGAGUCUUCGGCACCAGGCUGGCACGUACCGUGGAGUCAGCCAGAGAGACGUCUCGCAUCAUCGAGACAUCUUCCUCUUGCAGACUGCGCUCGUCGUGUGCGACCCCAGCCGCGUUCUGGCGUCGAUAAUCGACCGAUUUGGUAUGGAGAAGUGGGUGAAGGGGUUCUUCGAGCAGAAGUCCAAGGCACAAGACGACGUGCAGCAUCUUGACGUCGUUGAGGACAUGGUCCACCUUCUCAUCGUUCUGCUUAGCGACAGGACAUGCGUGCUGCCUGUCGAGGACGGCUCAGAACCGUCACAUCUGCUUUCCAUGCGCCGUGAUAUCAUUCAUGUUCUUUGCUUCAAACCUCUCUCAUUCCAAGAGAUUUGCAACAAGCUACCGGAUAGGUUCCAAGAGCAAGAGGAUUUCCACCGACUGCUGGAUGAGAUGACCAUCUUCAAAUCUCCCGAGGGGCUGUCCGACGUAGGCACCUUCGAGCUGAGGCCGGAGUUUGUCGACGACAUCGACCCUUACAUUGCCCACUACAGCAAGAACCAGCGCGAGGAGUCGGAAAUGGCCUAUCGCAAACUGAUGGCGAGGAGGACUGGAAAGCUUGCAGAGGACAUCAUCUAUGAACCGAAGCCGCGCCCCAUCACGUCCGGAAUCUUCACUGGCCUGGGAGAGUUUACAGGCACCGGGAUCUUCGCCCAGAUCGUCUACUACUGCCUGCUCUAUACUCUGGUCUCUCCGAAGCUGACGCCGAGCGUGCCUCUCACCCGGGUAGAGGCCUUCCUCCAGGUCAUCCUCCACACGAUCCUGCUCGCCAUCUCCGAGGACAAUGCAGAUGACACCGACCCGUCGGCGCCGUCGUUCGUGGCAGCGGCUCUUGAGCGAACGGCCCGCAGCAACUUCAUGCCCGAGGCCCCGAUGGCGAAGACGAUCGUGGCCUUGCUGAACCUGAUGUCGGCGAAGGAUGAGCUCAAGUCAUGCCAUCCAAAGAUUGGUCUCGUCUUGAAGAGGAUGCGCCAGAAGCGGCCGCACUCUUUCGACCGCGUCUACCAUCACCUUGGGCUGUCUGUGGACCGCAUCAACACAGCCUCACCGGCCGUCACUGUCACAGACGGAGAGCGCGAGAGGAAAAAGAAGGCUGCCAUGGACCGGCAGGCUAAGGUAAUGGCGCAGUUCCAGCAGCAGCAAAAGAACUUCAUGGCAAACCAGGGCGACAUUGACUGGGGUGACAUGGAUGACCUGGACGAAGACGUGGAGCUUCCUCCAGUCGAGGAGCACAAGAAAUUCUGGAAGUAUCCAGCAGGGACGUGCAUCCUGUGUCAGGAGGAAACGGACGAGCGCCGUCUGUACGGGACUUUCGCUUUCUUCACCGAGAGCAAGAUCCUCAGGCAGACGGACCUCCAAGAUCCCGACUUCGUGCGGGAGGCAUUCAACACACCGGAAAACCUCGACCGGUCAGCCGAGCAUAUCCGACCGUUCGGGAUUGCCCAUGAGAACAGGACAACGGUACAGAAAGUCAACGCCAAGGGAGAGACGUUCACGACGGAGCGGCAAAUCAUUGGCAAGGGCUUCCCUGCGGAACUCACCCGCUCGGGACCCGUAACGAUCGGGUGCGGUCACAUCAUGCAUUACAGCUGCUUCGAGGUUUACUUCGAGGCGACUGUGAGGCGGCACAGCUCCCAGAUAGCUCGCCACCCCCCCGAAGAUACCGACCGUCUCGAGUUUGUGUGUCCUCUGUGUAAGGCACUAGGCAACGCUUUCCUUCCCAUCGUCUGGAAGGGUAAAGACGAGUCGUACCCGGGAGUCCUACAGACACCGAUAUCGUUCAGCUCUUUCUUGGAGAACCAACUGCACUCGGCAUACUAUACCCUCGGGGCAAACAGGCCACCAGACCAGAUCCAGAACUCCUUCGCAUCCUAUACCUCGCAGGCUUUGACAAGCAGUCUAGCGGAUAGGUCUUCCGAGCUGAUUGAUGAUGCCUGGGCUGAUUCCUCUUCUGCCAAUCCUCCCUCGGGUACGUCGUACAUCGAGCCCUUCGCCAUUGUCCCCGAGACCAGUAUCCGAAGCGGCCAAGGGUCGGAGAGCAACGACAUGAUGCAGGAGCUCGUUAAGGUGUAUCGUCGGCUCCGUGACUCCCUCGUGAAGAAUGGCCUCAAGACCCGCCAUCCGGCUGGCUUGACAGAUCGCGACCGUGAUGAGCUCUUCUCGAGUGAUACGCUAGCCCGCUCCGUGGGCUUCUCGAUAUCGGCCGUCGAGAUCCAGCAGCGCGGAGUCGAGGCCGACUACGGGCUGACAUUCUUGGACAAGAUCCCGGGCCAGGUCCUGACCCACCUGCGCGUCCUUGCGGACACAGUCACGGCGUACAUCGCGGUGGGAGGCUUGAGGGAGGCGGGCGAGAAUCGGGUCGACACCGAGUACCGGAAAGAGAGCGAGCGGCAGCACUGCCAGCUCUUCAUGGCACAGUACCUGGGCGAGGAGACGGAACAGACCCGGCACCCGGCGAACACCUACCCGCCGCUCCUAAGCGAGGAUCCGUUCAUCUUCCUGUGCGAAUCCGUCUUUGGCGUCGUCCCGGCGCAGGACUUCGAGGUCUCCCACAUGGUCAGGCUCUGCUAUCUUGCCGAGAUCACAAAGGUCGUCUACCACCUCGGUCGCAACGUCCCUGCCGCCCUCUGGCUCGAGCGCAUCAUGAACCGGCCGCGGGACAUGGACCCGGCGCUCGACAAUUUCGCCUCCUUCUGCGAGGCCGUGGCCCGGAUGGACGUCGACGCGAACAACGGGGUGCCGGUGCUCGCCGACGAGGCCCGCGCCCGCGAGAACAGGGGCUUCGACCAGCCGGGCCUGGACGGCUGGGAGGGCUGGUACGGGUUCGUGAGGAGGUACGCCCUUGCCUUCCUCCGCAAGUGCGUCGUCCUCCUGUACGUCAAGCACGGCGUCGACUUCAACAGCCACAUCUCGCCCAGCCCGGAACUGAAGGAGCUGGAGCGCCUGACCGAGGCCCUGCGCGUGCCGUCUCUCGACGAGAUGCUCACCGCCCUGACCCCGCUGGGCCCGCAGUGCGACUGGGCGCCCAGCACGCCCCAGCUCGUGGCGGGGUGGAUCAAGCACCAGGCCGUCUGGCGGCGGCCGCCGGCGGCGACGACGACGACGACGGGUACGGCGACGGGCGACGACGAGCUCGAGGACUCGUCCUCGCCGCCGGACCGGGCGCUCCUCAGCCACCCGGGCAUAUUCGAGCUGGUGGGCCUGCCGAGCAACUACGACGCGCUGAUCGACAUGUGCACCAAGGGCCAGUGCCCUACGACGGGCAAGGACAUCUCGGACCCGGUCCUGUGCCUCUUCUGCGGCGACGUCUUCUGCGGCCAGGGCAUCUGCUGCGUCAAGGAGGAGAGGAGGAACAGGAAGACGACCAAGGUUGGCGGCGCGAACCAGCAUAUGAGAAAAUGCCAGAGGAACACAGGCUUGUUCCUCAACAUCCGCCGCUGCUGCGUGCUGUACCUGCACCGGGGGUCCGGCUCCUUCAGCCACGCGCCCUACAUCGACCGCUACGGCGAGGUGGACAUGGGCCUCCGCCACGGCCGCCGCCUGCACCUGCACCAGCGCCGCUACGACUCGGCCCUGCGCGCCCUCUGGCUCGGCCACGGCGUCCCCAGCUUCAUCAGCCGCAAGCUCGAGGCGGACAUCAGCAACGGCGGCUGGGAGACCCUCUGA